GGUAGGGCGCUCAGUGCCCGGAGGACUCCAGGACGCUCCGGCAAGCAGCCCUGCAAGCACAGGCGAACCCGUGGGCGGCGGCACGGCCAGGGGAGACAGGUCGCAGGGCACAUCGGGUCAGGCACACGCGAGGGCAGCCUCCAAGGCGCGUCCCAGAGGCCCCCGCGCCGCCGGGGUCCUAGCGAGCCGCACCACUUUCAGCCGCACGUGGCUCCAGCGCGAUGCCCAAGUCCAAGCGGGACAAGAAAGUGUCCUUAACCAAAACUGCCAAGAAGGGCUUGGAGCUGAAGCAGAACCUGAUAGAAGAGCUGCGGAAAUGCGUGGACACGUACAAGUACCUGUUCCUCUUCUCCGUGGCCAACAUGAGGAACAACAAGCUGAAAGACAUCCGGAACGCCUGGAAGCACAGCCGGAUGUUCUUUGGCAAAAACAAGGUGAUGAUGGUGGCUUUGGGCCGGAGCCCGGCUGAUGAGUACAAAGAUAACCUGCAUCAGGUCAGCAAGAAGUUGCGGGGUGAAGUCGGCCUCCUUUUCACAGACCGCACCAAGGAGGAGGUGAAUGAGUGGUUCACGAAGUAUGCGGAAAUGGACUACGCGCGAGCUGGGAACAAAGCCACUUUCACCGUGAGCCUGGACCCAGGGCCACUGGAGCAGUUCCCCCAUUCCAUGGAGCCACAGCUGAGGCAGCUGGGCCUGCCCACUGCCCUCAAGAGAGGUGUGGUGACCCUGCUGUCUGACUAUGAGGUGUGCAAGGAGGGCGACGUGCUGACGCCAGAGCAGGCCCGGGUCCUGAAGCUUUUUGGGUAUGAGAUGGCUGAGUUCAAGGUGACCAUCACAUACAUGUGGGAUGCCCAGUCUGGAAGGUUCCAACAGAUGGGAGACGACUUGCCAGAGGGCAUGUCCGAGUCGGCGACAGAGUCGGAGGAAGACGAGAAUGACUGAGUUGGGGCCUCUGGACGGCAGGGCUUGGCUGGACGUGCGGCGGUGCCGGGAGCAGCUGUGACUGAAGUCAAGGGAGGGCCACGGGGACUGUGCUUCUGCAAAGAAUAAACUCCACCCACAGGCGCUCCCUGUGGACGAGAGACUUUUCCCCGGAGAGAGGCCUUUGGAUUUGUGCUGGUCUGUAGGGGCAGCCGAGGGCGACCAUCCCCUGGCUUCCCAACCCUGCAGGCCCUUUGCUUGAAACAAGGAUUCGCUGAGAAAAUGGGUCCCUGGCUGCCCCUCCCAUCCCUCCACCUGCGUCCCCUCCCCUACCAGGACUGACAGUGGCGAGAGCGAAACCACUGCUGGGGUUCGGGCGAGUGUUGAAAGUGGCCCAGUGCCCCGGGAAUGUCACUCUGCGUGGCUGACGGGGGGGUCUCGCCCCCGUUGCCUGUCUGUAGGUAUCUGGCCAAAGCGCUGAAUGAGGACCUCCAUCUCCAGUGCACAGCGCUCUCUUCCAUCAUCACAGGUGUGAGGGCCACGCCCAGCCCCACUGUGGAGACCCUUGUGGGGGCAGAGUGCCCCGCGACUUGCUCCAAGGCCUGCCCGCCCCCCAGGUCUGCGCCGCAGCCUGGCCCAGUGCCGCUUUAUUCAGCAGGAAGGGCUGGGUAGGGCUCAGGCCCGGCCACCUCACUGCGAAGGCAGCUGGGAGCAUUGCAGGAAUGUGGGAGAUAAACGGGAUGCAGCAGAGGACGCGCUGGGUCAGCUCCAGGCCAAAAGCCAUCAGGGUGAGAAGGAAAGAGAUGGCCGGCGGGGCCCUCUGCACCCCCAAGUCAGGCCUGGGCCUAGCGGAAGAGUUGAGGUGCUCUGGGCAGCCAGGUGCCAGGCGUGAGCAAAGGCCUCCGUGACACACCCGAGCCCACCCCUGCUAAGAUGCAGACUGUGAAGCCCCGCCCCCAGGCCGUGUCAAAGCUGAGUAAACCUGGGGUGGUUACUUGA